AGGCUUGUUUUUGAAAUUAUUGGCGCUUGCGUCGUGCUAAGCUAUGACCGUCUCGACGCAAGCUUUUAUUUUCUGUUUAUUCACUUCAUAAAACGCACACUCAUUGUUUAUCUUCAUCACUGACAGAUAACGGCUUGCUGACAAAAAGCAACACUAAAGUUGACGCUGAGUGGCCACAAUGGCGAGCGAUGUGUGUAGCCAUGUUAAGGUGAUUGUUCGGGUGAGGCCACCGAACGACAGUGAGAAGCGUGAAAACUGUCGCAAUGUGGUCCAGGUUGUUGACAACCACAUGCUCAUUUUUGACCCCAAAGAAGAGGACGCAUCGGGUUUUGGGUCACAAAGAGGACGAAACAGAAACAUCAACAAGAGGGCUAACAAAGACCUCAAGUUUGUUUUCGACCAUGUCUUCGGCGAGACCUCUACUCAAGUCGACAUCUUUGAGAGCACCACUAAAGGAGUCUUGGAUGGUCUGAUGAAUGGAUUUAACUGCACAGUGUUUGCCUACGGUGCUACCGGAGCAGGAAAGACCCACACCAUGUUAGGCGCACAAAAUGAACCUGGGGUCAUGUACCGCACCAUGACCGAUCUGUUCAAACGCAUGGAUGAUGCCAAGGAGGAGAAAGAGUUCGCUGUUGCUUUCUCAUAUCUUGAGGUUUACAAUGAACAGAUCAGAGACUUGUUGGCUAAUGUUGGCCCUCUUGCAGUGAGAGAGGACGGUUCUAAAGGAGUGGUUGUUCAGGGCCUCACAUUGCAUCAGCCCAAAUCUGCAGAGCACAUUCUUGAGGCUUUGGAUUCUGGCAAUCGUAACAGAACACAGCACCCCACUGAUAUGAAUGCCACCUCUUCCCGGUCCCAUGCCGUGUUUCAGAUAUAUUUGAGACAGCAGGACAAAACGGCCAGCCUCAACCCGAAUGUCUGUGUUGCCAAAAUGAGCCUGAUUGAUCUGGCAGGCUCGGAGAGAGCCAGCGCCACCAAUGCCAAAGGGGCACGUUUACGGGAAGGCGCUAACAUCAAUCGCUCACUCCUUGCCCUGGGAAAUGUUAUCAACGCACUCGCUGACCCAAAGAGUAAGAAAGCUCAUAUACCAUACAGGGACAGCAAAUUGACACGGCUACUGAAGGACUCAUUGGGAGGCAACUGCAGAACAGUUAUGAUUGCCAAUGUCAGCCCCUCAUCCAAGUCAUAUGAUGACACCCACAACACACUUAAAUAUGCCAACAGGGCUAAGGAGAUUAAGUCAUCGCUGAAGAGUAAUGUCGUAAGCCUGGACAGUCACAUUGGCCAGUAUGCAGUGAUAUGUGAGAAGCAACGGCAAGAGAUUCUACAGUUGAAGAAGAAGCUAAAAGACUAUGAGGAGAAGAACAUGGUGCCUGGGACUUUUAACACGAUCUCUUCCCAGAAACAAGCAGAGUUCAAAAGGGUGUCAGAAGCUCUGCAGCAAAUCUUCUUGAGUCGGACCCAAAUCAGGAGAGAACAGCUGGAUCUGGAGAGACAACUGAAGGAGAAUGAGCUGCGCCAGCGCUACAGUGUGGAGGACAACCUGCAGGUCCAACAUUUCUGUGCCAAAGAAAAGACUGAGAAGGCCACUUGUAAGCAUGAGCGGAAGAUCGCCAGCUUACGCACUCAGCAGCAACACAUUUGCAAACGUCUGAAGGAGGCAGAAACACGUUUCCUGGAAAACGAUGGCUGGCUUCAUCGUGUCGAGAAUGAGAUGAAGCUGCUGAAGUCGAAUGAUCAGACUCCAGAGGUGUUAGAGAAGGAACUACAUUGCCACAGACUGCAGCUGCAGGUAAAUGAUCUCCAGCAACACAUCAAGCAAAUGGUUGCGCUCACAACGCUGCAGGAUCAGGAGAACAAGCGUAUGCAGAAAAUGUUGGACAUCUUGUUGCCAGAAUACAGUCGGCACUACUCUGCAUUGCAUGGAGCUGGGCUGGUCACUGGAGCAGAUGAGAGGGAGAACUAUGAACUAGAGCACCUUGUGUUGAGGGAGAGAGGCGUGGUCUGGGCAGACCAGGAGGGGGCGGGGCAGCAGAUGAAAGGUGAAGGGAUUGGAAUGGAAUCACAGAAGACAAAUGAGGUGGGAGGCAUUGGGCUCCACAGCGAGUUGGCACCUGUCCUGUCUUUCUCACAUCUGCUAUACCACCAGAGUAGCCCCUGCAGUGCAGAGGGGCAAACAAAAAGAACAUCAUUGUGCAAAGCUGCACCGUCCCCAAAAGGUAGAGGAAACCAGGCAGAUAUGAAACAGGAACCACUUCCCAGAAUGCCCAUCAGGAGAAAUCUAUCUGCGUCACUGCCACCACAAAGCCCCCGGACCGUCGCCAAGGUCCAAGUUUUUGAGGAUGGCAUGUUUCCACUCCAAUGCACACCGGAGCCUGCUCAAAAGACUGUUCAGGCCCCUUCACCGAGCUCCUCCAGCGCCAUGGAUCCCAACAUGACCUUCGAAGUUCUGGACAAUGAUGAUCAAACUGCAAGCAAUGCAACCAUCAUACUAAGUGGUGGCAGUCCCUCUCAGGCAUCAACGUCCAUAGACUUCUCAGGGCACAGCCAACUACACCUUCCUCCCAAGCCCAAUGAGGCGAAGCAGAUUCCUACCAAAAGACAACAGAUUCCGUCUUUACAAGACGUGAGACGAGCCAAACCGACCUACAUGGACAUGACGUCUGCUGCGCAAGGAAAGCGAAAAUUUAACCGCAUCAGAGAAGAGUUAACUCAGGGUCUCUCUGCACCGAAGCGUAUAAAGAAAGACCCCUCGGUGACCCAGAGACCACUACGAGUUCAUCGGUUUGCUGGUUCAGAGGAAAACAAGCCUCGUAGAGUUGUGAGGAGCAUUUCUGAGGGAAACCUCAGCCUCAUUGAACCUCAGAAAUCAAAGUCCAUUUUCUAUAAAACAUCGCAACAGUUCAAACGAGUGACCAAGCGGAUGUAAAGAGGCAUUUCGGGCAAUUUUGCCUUUGUGGACACUCCAACAGAACUUCUCCAUCUUCCCCGUCCAAAUUCAUCUCUUCAAAUUAUUUCUUAACCCACCCCCAACAAAAAAAAGUGGUCUAUUGUGGAGCUAAUAUAGUAAGAUGAAAUGUGAUGUUUAAGUUUUAUUAUUUUCUCUCUAGUUCAGCAUCGCACUGCAGUGAAAUCUUACUUGACUGUAUAUUGUAAAUUGUAUAGUUAUUGGUCAUCUAUUUAGAUUAUUGUUUUUGAUCGUUCACACUUUUAGAAUUUAAGAUAUAUUUUAAAUUACUCUUGUACUAACUGACAGCGAGAUAUAUAAACAUGUCCUGUGGAUGUUUAGCGUUUUACUUACAUUAUGUGCUGCAGCUAUUCUCUUAACAGCGAUCGGUCUGGUAGGUGACCAUAUUUCCCAGGGCAGCUAUUCUCAUAGGCAGACUGUACUUGACUUCAAAUGGAGGUAUGGCCGCAAAAAAAAGAAGGAGUCUGCUGUACUGGAUACUGAGCUGUUUGUCUUUUUAAUUUUUACAAAAUUUCUGUUGUUUUGUACAGUUAAUAAUGUGGGGUUUUAGAUAUUUCAUAAUAAAACUGCCUCUUUUUUCACUAAAUUAA